AUGGAGCAGCCGAAGCUGGCCAAAGUCGAGAAAGUCCUCGGCCGCACCGGCAGCAGGGGCGGAGUGCAGCAAGUCAGGGUCACCUUCAUGACUGAAGAGUCCGACCUGCAGGGCCGGUCGCUCAUUCGCAACGUCAAGGGCCCCGUGCGCGAGGGCGACAUUUUGGCGCUGCUGGAGACGGAGCGCGAGGCCCGCCGCCUCCGCUGA